AUGGACGCCCUCAACAAAAGCAAUGCCUUCCACGAGACAACGGAAACACUCAAGGAACAGAACAAGAUGCUCACGCAAAACGCAGACGUGGCCUUCAUCUCCACCAAAUCUCCCCUUGUCGACCUGUUCUACGAACUGAAGGGCGAGUUUAUCCGGGAGAAUGCCGAGAAGCAGUUCGCCGAAGCAUGGAAGGCCAGUCCUCUGACGACUCUGAAGAUCAUCUUCAACGCCCGCAGCAUCCACCUAGGGAAAUCCGAGAAGUUCAGCGUUUACAAUGCGCUUGGAUGGCUGUACGAACAUCAUCCCCAGACGCUGAUCGCCAACCUGCAGUGGCUGGUACGGCCUGUGAUCGAGAAGAAGCCCGCCAAGCCGGAGAAGGAUCAAGUGAAGUCGACUAAGGAAGAAGACGAUGAUGAUAUGGUCAUGCUCGACGAGGAUGGCGAGGAGAUCAGCGACCCUGCCGCGUUUGAUGUCAAAGAUGGUGGCUCCCAUGGCUACUGGAAGGAUCUUCCCAAUAUUAUUGCGCUUGCAUCCAAGGACAUGCUCGCAUGGAAUAGUUCUCCGAGGGCGCUCUUUAAUGUCGACGUGCGAAAAGCGAAGCGAGCCUCAAAAGACGUCUGGGACCAUGAUAGUGCGACGAAGCUCCGCGUGGAGAAGCGGGACAAGACGCAUGAAACUGCAGUCGCGAAACUGCUGGCCGAUAACAAGUAUCGACUCCUGUAUGUAACGGUUGCUCGCCUCUUUGCGGACCAGCUUCGUCUCGAUCUCAACCGCCUGAAAUCGGGCGACAAGGAGCAAAUUCGAAAGAUCUCCCUCGCUGCGAAAUGGGCUCCGUCGUUCCGCGGACUGCACGAUAAGAACACUUUCAUCGUUUCUUCGAUCGCAGAGAUCCUGUAUCCUCAUGCUGAGGUAUGCCCCGACGUCCCGACCGCCGACCGCGAGACCUACCUGAAACAUGCCCGCGAAGCAUACCGGAAAGGGACGUUGUCUCCGCUUCGGAAGCAUCUGGAUAUUGUCGAGCGUGAUAUAUCGGCCAAAACAUAUUCCAACAUCAAGUAUGACCGCGUUCCGUCGGUUGCGAUGGAUCGCUACACCGAGCUAUUCGCAAAGAAGGACAACGAGCGAUUCGCGACAUACCUGGAAAAAGUCGUCGAAGGCACGGCGCAAAUCUCCGGAGCCAUCCUGCUUCCAGGUACCCUCGUUGCCAAAGCCAGGGGCAAUGCAAAAAACUCCGAUCUGAAAGGGGCUGUUACGGCGAAGGUCUUAGACGGCCAGUGGGAGUCAAUCGUCAAGCGGAUUCGCGAGGCUGGCACGCUUCAGUCGUCGAUCGCAGUCUGCGACGUCAGCGGAUCAAUGAGGUAUCCAACCUUCCUGGACAAGACCCAGCCGAUGGAUCAUGCAGUCGGCCUUUCUCUACUCCUUGCCGAAGUGACCGCACCGCCAUUCGGAGGCUCGUUUAUAACCUUUUCUCAAAGCCCUCAGGUCAUGAAGGCCGGCGGACCGGACGAUAAGAAGAAGUUCUGCGAGAAGGUCGCUUACAUAUGUAAUAGCGACUGGGGGCAGAACACGAAUUUCGUCAAGGUCUUCGAGGACCUGAUCCUUCCCAUCGCCGUGGAGAAUAAGAUCCCUCAGGAAGACAUGAUCAAGCAGGUGUUUGUUUUUUCGGAUAUGCAGUUUGAUGGGGCUCAGAUGUCGGACGCGAGGUGGUCAACCUCUUUCGAGCGAAUCAAGAAGAAAUACGAGGACGCGGGAUACGAGUUGCCAACGCUGGUGUUUUGGAAUUUGGCAGAGAGCAGCGGUUUUUGGGAUAGUUCGGAUUCGGAGGCGGAGGCGGAACAAAGCAACGACCCCAAACCUGUGACGGCAGACGAGCCCGGAACUGCGCUGGUGAGCGGAUACAGCCAGGGUAUGUUGAAGGUGUUCUUGGAUGGGGGUGGCUUUGAAGGGGAAGACGAUGAGAUCGUCGAAGAGGUGGUCAAAGGAGAAGAUGGGGAAGAUGUCGUGACGGUGAAGAAAGUGAAACCAAAGCUGGACCCCUUGAAGGUCGUGAAAAAGGCGGUCAGCCAUAAGGCGUACAGCAUGUUGAGGGUUGUCGAUUGA